UCUGGGAAUGACAACAACAAAGGUGGCAGUACUCGCUGGCCAGUUGGAGUAUGUUUUUCAUUUCAUAAGGGUUUAGGUUGUAAGUUUGGUGAUAAAUGUAAGUUUCAACACAGAUGUUUCAAUUGCGGUUUCAACCACUCAUUCUCAACAUGCAAAAAACCAGUUCGGCUCCCUUAUAAGUUCACACAAAUCAGUAAUAACUCAAAAAAGAUACAAAGAGGGAAUAACCAGCCCUUUCGGGGACCCUCCCUAUCUAGUAACAGAGACGACACCUCUUCCCCAAGGACAGAAAAAACUGUCCCCACCAGAAAAUGAUGUUAACUAUAAUUCUAAUAGCAAUACACCAGUUAAGGUUGAUAGGCUUGGAUAUUGGUUAAAAGGAUAUAAUAUUGAAAUGUACAAUUACUUAGUUAACGGGUUUAAAUAUGGGUUCGAUGUAGGAUUCAGAGGUUCUGUUCAUCAUAAUACAGUUGAUAAUUUAUUAUCAGCAAAGACUAAACCUGAUAUUGUUAGACAAAAAAUUCAAAAUGAAAUUAAUGCAAAUAGAUUUGUUGGCCCUUUUGAUUCAAAACCUUUUACAGAAAUGCAAUUAUCCCCUUUGGGACUAGCAGAAAAGAAAAUGCCUGGGACAUAUAGAAUGAUCCACCACUUAUCUUUCCCUGAAGGAUCAUCAAUCAAUGACAACAUACCACAAGACAAAUGCAGUGUACAGUAUGCUUCCAUCCAAGAUGCAAUAGAACUGAUUAAGUCUGUAGGAAGAAAAAGUUUUUGUGCAAAAACCGACAUAUCCAGUGCUUUUCGAAUUAUAAACAUAAAAGAAUCACAAUACAAACUAUUUGGCUUCAUGUGGGAGGGGAAAUACUAUUACGAUAAAAAUCUGCAAAUGGGUUGUAGUUCUAGUUGUCAAAUUUUUGAAAAUUUUAGCACAGCCAUUGAAUGGAUCGCAAAAAAUAAAGUACUUAUUCCAAACAUAGUGCAUAUUUUAGAUGAUUUUAUGAUAGUAGACAAAACCGAAGAUGGGUGUAAGAAAAAAUUAGAACGUUUUCUUGCAAUUUGUAAAGAUAUGGGUAUACCAAUUUCUAAGGAAAAAACAUUCCAGCCAUCCAAGGUUAUGAGUUUUGUUGGUUACGAAAUAGACACUAGGUUGAUGGAAGUUAGACUUCCAAUUGAUAAGCUUGAUAAAUGUCACAAUCUUUUAACCGUAGUGUUACAAAAAGAAAAAAUUACAUUGAGGGAACUUCAAUCUAUCAUUGGUACACUCAACUUUGCUUGUGCAGUUGUCAUCCCAGGAAGGGCAUUUCUGAGAAGACUAAUAGACUUAACAAUUGGGGUCAAAAAAUCCUUUCAUAGAAUACGAAUGACAAAAUCAGUUAAGCAAGAUCUAAAUACAUGGCAAAAUUUUUUAAAGAAUUUUAAUGGGAAGUCAUUGAUUUUAUCAGACCGUUGGUUAACAUCUGAUCAGCUACAUUUGUUUACAGAUGCCUCUGGUACAUACGGUUAUGGUGCUUUGUUUGGUUCACAGUGGUUCUUAGGCAAAUGGGACACAAAAUGGCAAAAACAAAAUAUUGCCUUUUUAGAGCUAUAUCCCAUAGUCUUGGCAGUUGAAAUAUGGGGCCACCGAUUUGAAAACCAGUGCAUAUAUUUUCAUACAGACAAUAUAGCUUUAGCGUCUGUAAUUAAUAAACAAACAUCUAAAGAUGCGUUAAUUAUGUUCCUAAUAAGGAGACUAGUUCUACACUGCUUGAGAAACAAUGUGAACUUUAAGGCAAAACAAAUAUAUGGUUCAAAAAAUGUUUUGGCAGAUGCACUUUCUCGUCAACAGGUACAGAAAUUUCAUCGGUUAGCACCAUGGGCAGACACUGUUCCCAAACCAGUUCCCAAUCUACCAGAUUUGCCAAGCUACAGAAACCCUUAAAUAAAAUUUUUAACAACAUCUUAUCUGAAUCCUCACAAAAAACUUAUAGAAGAGCAAUUAUCCACUAUAAGAGUUUUGCUGAAGAAUAUGGCAUUAGAUUUCAGUUACCACUUACUAGUUCAGAUCUCAUACUAUUUAUAGCACAUUUGAAAAACAAAGAUCUUGCAUCAAGUUCUAUCUCAACAUACAUAUCAGCAAUUGGUUUUACACACAAAAUUAAUAAUUGGCCUGAUCCAACUGAUUCAUUCAUUAUUGAUAAGGUACUGAAAUCAGUGCAUAAGGGAAGAAAUCAAGAUAUGAGACUUCCAAUUACUAGUACAAUUUUGAAUCAUUUAAUAGAUGCAUUAAAACAGACAAUAUCUAAUAGAUAUGAUCAAAUUCUAUUCAAAGCAAUGUUCACCCUAGCAUACCAUGCUCUUUUAAGAAUUGGUGAGAUGACAGUCAACAACAAAAAUUACAAUCAUGUUAUUAGUUUAAGUCAAACUGUUGUGUUACACGAAAAAUUAAGUAUCAGUUUCAUGGACUUCAAACAUUCAAAUGGAAAACAAUUCCAUUUAGAAAUAGCUAAGAAUAAAAAUAACAAUAUUUGUGCAGUAACGGCACUUACUAGUUACUUAACUUUGAGAACAAACACAACGGGUCCACUAUUCCUCAAUUCGAGUGGAGAAGCUGUUUCUAGACAAUUAUUCCAACAUGCUCUGAAUGGUGCUUUGAACUUUUGUGGGCUCAGCAGAGCAUAUUACAAACCUCAUAGUUUCAGGAUAGGCUUUGCUACCGACGCAAGUGCAAAAGGAUUGUCCACAGAAACCAUAAGAAAUUUAGGUAGAUGGAAAUCCGAUGCAUUCAAAUUAUAUAUUAGACAAUCAGGUCAAAUUUCUAACCUUUAGUCAUGUUUAUCUGUCUCACAACUGAUCCUGUAAUGACGUAACUUGUGAAUGAAUUACUGCCGUUUAUUACUUUAUAUUUUGUACAGGGCUUGUGGGUCACAGCUCAUUACAUAUCGCAAACAGAAUAACAGUUCAUAUUAUAUGGAAACGGUGGACAAUUGGGAAAGGUGAAUUAUGACGCUUAUUUAAGCUGAUACAAGGACAACCUAAAACCAGGAAUUCAUCCGUUUACCAUUGAAAUGACCAAAUUUUACUGAGAAGUAAUUGACAGAAAACAGCUUGCCAGGACUGGAAUCUUAAAAUCUCCCAUUAACAUGUAGUAAUAUUUAUCAGUAAACUUAUAACAAUAUAUAAGGAAAUACAGUUAUCUGAAAGGGAAAAGAGGUAUUAAUACAAUUAUUGAAUGCAUGUUUUUGCUGUAAGAAUUUAGUCAAUAGUAAACAAACUUGGUCUGUUAUUGCAUCAAGUAAAAAUAUUUGUUUGACACGAUGUCUGUAAAUUGUGUCUUUUUAGUAUAUUUUGGUUUGUAUCAAGUAGAUACAUUGAUAGGACACAAUGUCUGUAAAUUGUGUCUUUUUAGUAUAUUUUAGUUUGUAUCAAGUAGAUACAUUGAUAGGACACAAUGUCUGUAAAUUGUGUCUUCUUAGUAUAUUUUGGUUUGUAUCAAGUAGAUACAUUGAUAGGACACAAUGUCUGUAAAUUGUGUCUUUUUAGUAUAUUUUGGUUUGUAUCAAGUAGAUACAUUGAUAGGACACAAUGUCUGUAAAUUGUGUCUUUUUAGUAUAUUUAGUUUGUAUCAAGUAGAUACAUUGAUAGGACACAAUGUCUGUAAAUUGUGUCUUUUUAGUAUAUUUUAGUUUGUAUCAAGUAGAUACAUUGAUAGGACACAAUGUCUGUAAAUUGUGUCUUUUUAGUAUAUUUUAUUUGUAUCAAGUAGAUACAUUGAUAGGACACAAUGUCUGUAAAUUGUGUCUUUUUAGUAUAUUUGGUUUGUAUCAAGUAGAUACAUUGAUAAGACACAAUGUCUGUAAAUUGUGUCUCUUUAGUUUAUGAUUGGUUGUAUAAAGUAGAUACGUAGGUAGGACACAAUGUCUGUAAAUUGUGUCUUUUAGGAUAAAGGACAUUCGUGGGACUCAAUGUCUGUAUAUUGUGAAUUUUUAGUAUAUACAUUUGUUGCAUAAUUUUUUACUUGUUUAUAAACAGUACAUAGAAUCAUAAGUUUUAUCAUUUGCAUAAGUAGGAUGAUGGGUGAUGCGGGUUUACUUUAGGGCAGCGUAUUCAGCUCCAUAAGAGCUUCAUACGUCAUGGCGGUAUCUGCUCCCAAAAGUUGAGAUGUUACACUAUUAUUAACAAAUUUAUAGUCAAGGGGAGAUAACUCUAAAUUGAUUGACUUUUCAAAAAUUUCAAUUUUAAUAAUUGAUGACAUUUGUCUUUUCACUUAUUACAUAAUAUGCUCAUUGGUUCAGAUUGUAAUGAAAGUAUUGUAUAUUUAAAUUCACAAUUGGUACUUAUAAUUGUAGUGUAUGCAAAUUUUAUACAUGUAUCUUUUGAUAUGAUUGAUUUUGAAACAUAAACUGUCACAUCUGUGGCCUGCAUCAUCAUAACAUGUGUUAGUUUUUAUUUUGACUUUAGCGGACCAUAAAUACACUUAUGUGCAGCAUAAGUGACUUUAUGGUACAAUGAAAGAUUGUAACUUUUAAUUGUAUUAAGUCUUUUGAUAUCAUGUUUUGUAAAUGUUAGAAAUAUUAGAAAUAUGUAGAAAAUAGUUUUGUACAGUACAUAGGUGCUUAUCUGACUUGAAACUCUUAGGAAUUUUGUAAUUGAUAUGGGGGCGCUACUUCAAGCACAUGUUUUAAUAUGCAGCCUCUUUUUCAAAUAGCUGCCGAAGGAAGAACACGUAAAGAAAUUUGGUGACACUCAAUUUCAUAAAAUAUUUUAAUCCCCUCCUCCUUCCCCUACUUCCACCUUGAAAAGAGUUUCUUUCAUUGCUUGAAGGUGACGAAAAGAGGCGGUAUCUGCUCCCAAAAGUUGAGAUGUUACACUAUUAUUAACAAAUUUAUAGUCAAGGGGAGAUAACUCUAAAUUGAUUGACUUUUCAAAAAUUUCAAUUUUAAUAAUUGAUGACAUUUGUCUUUUCACUUAUUACAUAAUAUGCUCAUUGGUUCAGAUUGUAAUGACAGUAUUGUAUAUUUAAAUUCACAAUUGGUACUUAUAAUUGUAGUGUAUGCAAAUUUUAUACAUGUAUCUUUUGAUAUGAUUGAUUUUGAAACAUAAACUGUCACAUCUGUGGCCUGCAUCAUCAUAA